AUGGGAAUCUCGGCAUAUCCCUUGGUCCCUGUUGCGAACAGUCUUGCGGCACUGCUCAUCAUCCUGACCCUCGUGUCGAAUGGGGUACAUAGCGGUCACAACCGCUGCGUGGUUAUGUUCCAAGGAUGGGUGCUUACGGGAGUGCUCCUCGUGUUUUUGCAAUCCGUAAUCUGGAGUCACACAGACAAGAACGUUGCUCCGGUGUUCUGCGACAUCUCAACCCGCUUACAGAUCGGGAUCAACGCCGGUAUUCCGGCGUGCAUACUCUUGAUCAUGCGUCGUCUAUGGCUUGUCAUCGGAGGCGACUUGGAGCUGGGUGGAUACAAGUUGGCGAAGGAUGCCUUGAUCGACUACCUCUUUGGCAUCGCCUUUCCCGUGCUUCAGAUGGUACUCUAUUAUGUUGUUCAAGGCACGCGCUUUCAGAUCAUCGAAGGCUAUGGCUGCAUGAGCGGGGUCUACUUCAGUGGUGUUUCUUUCCUUCUACUCGAUGUCUGGCCGCUCCUCUUCGCGAUCGGCUCAAUAUCACUCUAUUCAUGGCGUGUCAUGCUGCAUCUACAGCGCCACAAACGUAUCAUCAGCCGCAUGCUGCGUGGCCGUGCGGUGUCUGAUAGCACGCACCACGUGCGCGCAUUUGUGCUUGCCUCUGCCGGAACUUUAUUCUCUCUGCCAGUUGCACUCAUGACAACCUACGACGUCUAUCUCCUAGCGACGCCUACGCCUGUCUUCUGGCCCGGCUGGAAGGUGAUACAUACGGAUUGGGAUCCGGUUCUAUUGUCCGCUCAAGAUUGGCGAGGCAGCCCCCUGUCUUCUACGGUGAUCUACUGGGAUCAGUGGGUAAACGCGGUUCUAUCCGUUGCUAUCUUCAUCUUGUUUGGGUUGAACCAGAGCUCCCGGGCAACGUACUUGAAGGCAUACACAAAGACGAGGCAGAUCUUGUGGUCAGCUAUGACCUGGAGCAGAAGCAAACUCCUAUGCAUACUUCCGCCUCAACCUCUCCCCAUGACGGGUGCAAGACGUCGACGAAGUGCCGAGCUUUUGGCAGAGGAAGAGUGCUGUUCCGACAAUAUCCUCCCGGAAGCCUGGCUCGAUCCGGGAGCGCUCGACGCGCUCGAAAGCGGUACUCGUGGGCUACUAGUGACGGUGGACCUACAGAUCGAAUUGCCGCCAGCGGCGUAUACGCCAAAUGAUGCGAAGUCACCGGUGCUUAUCAUUCGCACUCCUGAACGUUGA